AUGACUGGUCGCGGUAAAGGUGGAAAAGGUCUCGGAAAGGGAGGUGCCAAGCGUCAUCGCAAGAUUCUUCGUGACAACAUCCAAGGUAUUACCAAGCCUGCUAUUCGUCGUCUCGCUCGUCGUGGUGGUGUGAAGCGUAUCUCUGGUCUCAUCUACGAAGAAACCCGUGGUGUCCUCAAGGUCUUCUUGGAAAACGUUAUCCGUGAUGCCGUCACUUACACUGAACACGCCAAGAGAAAGACAGUUACUUCUCUCGAUGUCGUCUAUGCUUUGAAGCGACAGGGCCGCACCCUCUACGGUUUCGGCGGUUAA